ACAUGAUCCAAAAUUCCCAAAUUUCGCAGACAAAUUUCCACUAGUGUGUGAUCUCUCUGAAAGCUUUAUUCGCCAUGUCUGGUUACCCUCCAUCGAGCCAAGGUUACGGCGGUUACGGCGGAAACCCACCACCGCCUCAACCUUACGGAUCCUCCGGCACCAAUCCUCCACCGCACGGAUCCUCACCGUACGCUGUUCCGUACGGCGCGCAACCUCCACCGUCCUCCUCGCCAUACGGUGCACCACCGUCCGCCCCAUACGCGUCUCCUGCCGGAGAUCAUAAGCCGCAUAAAGACAAACCUCACGGCGCUUACGGAUCUCCCGGUGGUUACGGUGCUAAUCCAUCGUCUGGACAUUCGGAUUACGGUGGUUACGGAGCCCCGACGACGGGGCAUGGAGGUUACGGAGCUCCUCCUCCGCAGGGUUCUUAUGGAAGCCCGUUUGCGUCUCUGGUCCCGUCUGCGUUUCCUCCGGGAACGGAUCCGAACAUCGUGGCUUGCUUCCAGGCCGCGGAUCGGGAUAAUAGCGGCUUCAUCGACGACAAGGAGCUUCAGGGUGCUCUCUCUUCGUAUAAUCAGAGCUUCAGCAUUAGAACUGUUCAUCUCCUUAUGUAUCUCUUCACCAACAGCAACGUCAGGAAGAUCGGACCAAAAGAGUUUAGUUCACUUUUCUAUAGUCUUCAGAGUUGGAGGUCCAUCUUUGAGAGGUUUGAUAAGGACAGAAGCGGCAGAAUCGAUACAAACGAGCUGAGAGAUGCACUCUUGAGCCUUGGGUUUUCGGUGUCUCCUGUGGUUUUGGAUCUGCUCGUUUCAAAGUUUGACAAAAGCGGAGGAAGGAAUAGGGCUAUCGAAUAUGACAAUUUCAUCGAGUGCUGUUUGACUGUAAAGGGACUGACUGAGAAGUUCAAGGAGAAGGAUACGGCGUUAUCAGGCUCAGCUACUUUCAAUUACGAGACCUUCAUGCUCACUGUUCUACCAUUCCUCGUCGCUUGAGUUUGAUAGCUUCAAAUUCACUUUUCUUUCGUUGCCGUAUGAGCUUUUGGAUUUUUUAGUUGAUUUUCGACUUUUGUUUUACCUAUCUCCUCGUUGCUUCUGUAGACGUGGCUCUCCUCCAUAUGAGCAAAAACAUUGUUAAACAAGUCUUGUGUAAUAAAUAUACCUCCAUAUGGCCAGGUUUCUUUCUCUGAUGCAUCACGAAUGUGUAAGUUUAACCUUUUUAUCGACUAGUAUAGUAAUGUCUAAA